GAAACUACUCUACUGAAAGAGAUCCAAAUCCUCAUCAUUGCUGAUCCUCUAUGAUACAACAGAUUGUUGAAUCCAACUCACUGUCUUGCAGCUGGGCGGAGCCUGUAACCGUGGAGCUAUGAGGUGAUGUCAUCAUCAGCGGAUGAAUGAGCUUCAGCACCAGCCCUCACAGAUGCGGGAAAAACCUCACGAAUGGAGAUUACCCAACCCACACACCCACAAACACACACCCACACCAACACACACACACACACACACAAACACACACACACACACCCACCAACACACACACACACACACACAAACACACAGGCACACACACACAGACGCACGUAUGUACCGAUCAAUCAUGAGACGCCCACACACCACCCACUCAAUACCGCACACAUACGUGCAAGGGGGUGCACACACACAUGCAUACAGAUGUUCACACACACACACACACACACACACACACACACACACACACACACACAUCUCUUCAUUUCCCAGCCCUCCUCACACCCACCUGCCCUCCUAUCAGAUCUGCCGCGCUGGAGGGAACGAAACGGACGCUUGCUGACGCCAUCACUCCCGCCCUCUCCCUCUCCUGCUCUCUCUCUCUCUCUCUCUCUCUCCCUCUCCCUCCCUCUCUCUCUCCCUCUCUGUCUCUUCCUCCCUCCCUCUCUCCAUCCCUCUCUCUCUCUCCCUCUCCCUUGCUUGCCGUCACUACCAGAGCAGCAUGAAUUAUCCAUGUGAGAGGGUGAGCUGCCGCUGCUGCUGCUGCUACUGCAGAGGCUCCCCGGCUUGCUAGCUAACACACGCGCACGCUCAACACACACACACACACGCGCGCCGACACACACGCACGCAGACGACGCAUGCAGAUAGAAGCCUGUGCGCGUGUGUGUGUGUGCUAAAGGGAGGAGAACGACAGCGACAGGAGGACAGGAUUUUUCUCUCCAUAUUUCAUCCAGCAUCCCACCAGAGGAAUUAGGCAGCGACUGUAUCUACCCUCUCUCCCUCUCUCUCUCUCCAUCUAUCCCUCUCUCUGUCGCUCUCUCUCUCUCUGUCUCUCUCUUCAUCUCUCCGGCUAACACACGCGCGCGGCUGAAGAGCAGGCAUGUUCUGCUUCUGCCUGCAGAGUCCCCUGCUGAAGCUCCAGGCUCUGGAUGGGGACGGCUGCCCCUCGCCGGGGGACUCCCCAGAGGACGAGGCACCCAGCCUGGGCACCAAGGAGGAGCCGCCGGUCCAGGGCCCCUCCUGCUGGAGCCUGGGCAGCGAGAGGGAGAGGCAGAGAGACAGCCCCCCAGAGCCCCAGUCACUGUUCAGAGGCCCCCAGGCAGAGGGCGGUUCUUCGGACCAGCAGCAGAGUCCCGGCCCCAGUCGGCUGCUCCAUCACAUCACCGAUGGCAACAGCCCUCUCCCAUCGCCACGGUGCCCCAGCCUCAGCCAGAGUCAGCGCUUCAACAGUGACCCAGAGAUGGCCCCCUCGCCACCCUGCUCUCAGCAUCUAAUCAUGGCGAGGGGCUUCGCGAGGACGGAGACAGAGGAGCCAGUGAAGGACCUGCCCUCCAUCCCCCUCCUCACCAAACACAUCCAGGCGCUCAAGAGGAAGAUCCGCCGGUUCGAGGAGCGCUUCGAGCAGGAGAUGAACUACAAGCCUUCCCACAACGACAAGUCAGCCAACCCAGAGAUCUUCCGCCUGAUGAGUGAACUGGCUAAGACACGCAAGCAGCUGAAAGAGCUGCGGUUGAAGCAGUCGGUGGAGGAGCUGGUGGACCCGGAGAACAGCAGGGGGGAGGACAGCAAUGGCGGCGGCAGUGGCAGGUCCACUCAUCACCACCAGGGGGAGCUGCAGACUCAGCAGCAGCUCCACCAGCAGCAGCAGCAGAGGCCAACCCUGGAGGAGACGGUGGACUCGCUGCUCAGGCGACUCAAGGAGAAGCGCCAAGCCCUUGGCCUCCCGGAGAACAUGCUGGAGAUGACGCACGGGCAGAUGGCCCUGGAGAAGAUGACCCUGCAGAAGUGUCUGCUGUACUUUGAGAGCCUACACGGCCGCCCUGGCACGAAGCAGGAGAAAAACCUGGUCAAGCCGUUGUACGACCGCUACCAGAUGGUGAAGCGCCUCCUGUGUGCGUCCUCGCCCAUCACCACCAUCGAGGAAGAGGAGGGGUCUGAUGAAGAUUGUGUGACGGAGGAGCCGUCGGAGCCAUGCAGGCCAGCGGGGCCCGUGAGCACGGAGGAAGAGGGGGACAGUGACCCGGCCUUCGUCUCUCCAAUAGACGAGGUCAAAGCUGUACGGCAUACUCCCCGACCGCCCGUAACCAUGGCAAACCUGCACGAGGCCUCCAGGUCGGAGCUUCUUGCGUGUCUGCGUGAAACUCGAGUAGAGAAGAGGAGACGAAGAAAGGCCCUUCGCGAGUUUGAGGACAAUUUCAGUCGACAGAUGGGAAGGACGCCGCAGAAAGAGGACCGCAUUCCUUUGGCUGAGGAGUACCAGGAGUACAAGACCCUCAAAGCCAAGCUGCGCUUGCUGGAGGUUCUGCUCAGCAAACAGGAAACCACAAAGACAGUGUGA